AUGAAACAUUACAACUACGAUUACAAUGAACAGGUGCGAGUACCAAAUGUGAUUGCUCUUGUUGGUUUACCUGCUCGAGGCAAAACAUACAUCUCACACAAACUAUGUCGUUAUUUGAACUGGAUUGGUAUCAAGACACGAGCUUUCAAUGUUGGUGAAUAUCGUAGAAAAGCUUGUAACCUAGGAGAAGAAGGUGAAAGUGAAUUUUUUAGUCCAUUCAAUGCAAAAGGGAUCAAAAUUCGAGAUGAGUGUGCGAACUUUGCAAUGGAAGAUAUGGGAGAUUAUUUAGCAAAUAAAGAAGGUGAAGUAGCGAUCUUUGAUGCUACGAAUACGACAAGAGAAAGGCGACGAUGGUUAGUGAACUUCUGCCAUAGUGAACGUUUCAAACCCGCAUUUAGAAUCUUCUUUAUUGAAAGCAUUUGUGAUGAUCCGGAGAUAAUCAACGCUAAUAUCACUGAAGUGAAAGUUAAUUCUCCUGAUUAUAAAGGUCACAUGUCUGAAGAGGAAGCCAAGGAGGAUUUCUUAAAACGAAUUGAAAAUUAUAAACUUCAAUAUGAACCAAUUGAUGAAGAAAUCGAUGACGAUCUUUCGUUCAUCAAGCUUAUUAAUGCGGGUCGGUCAUUUUUUGUGCAUAAUGUUAAUGGUCAUGUUCAAAGUCGCGUCGUUUAUUUCCUUAUGAAUAUUCAUCUUCUACCUCGUUCAAUCUAUCUAACUCGUCAUGGAGAAAGCGAAUAUAAUCGUUUUGGUCGACUUGGUGGCGAUAGCCCAUUAAGCGAAAAUGGUCACAAAUAUGCUAGGAAACUUCACGAAUAUUUUAAAAACAUUCCGGGCGAUUUGAGAAUUUGGAGUUCACAGAAGAUUCGUGCUGUACAAACAGCGCAAGAACUUAGUUCCUUAGCUGCGCAUGUCGAAUAUUUAAAGGUUCUUGAUGAAAUCGACGCGGGGAUUUGUGAAGGACUGACCUACGAAGAUUUUAAAUGGAGAUACCCUAGACAAUUUGCUGAACGUGAUCGUGAUAAAUAUCAUUAUCGUUAUCCUUCAGGAGAGAGUUAUGAAGAUUUGGUGGCUCGCCUGGAACCCGUUAUUAUGGAGUUGGAACGACAAAGUAAUGUACUCGUUGUUUCUCAUCAGGCUAUACUUCGAUGUAUAUUGGCAUAUUUUGACAAUAAAAAUCGCUCAGAACUUCCCUACCUCAAUGUGCCACUUCACACUAUCAUCAAAUUAACACCAAAAGCAUAUAAUUGCCAAAUCGAAAUGUUCAAGUUUAAAGUGGAUGCAGUGAACACACAAUAUGAAAGAUCGGAAAAAACGUUAAGCGAACUUGAGCCUCUGGUAAAAAAUUAA